CAGAAAACACAUGCUGUUUCCCCUUUGCCUGACCAAUUUGGCAUCCAGAGUACAAGUUCACAAGAGAGGGGCUGGGCCUCUCCCGGCAGGAACUAGAGUCAGAGGCUUCCCUGCCACUUGCUGGGAGAAAAGAACAUUAGGAAUGCCUUUCAGUGUCUGGGUUCCUGAACUGUCUCAUAGCCGCCAGGCAUCUUGGGGCAAUCCAACCAGAGCUCCCCCUCACCCUUGCAGGAAUCCUGAUGCAGGCCAAAUAUAGCAGCACGAGGAAUAUGCUGGAUGCUGAUGAAGACACCACCGUGAGCCUGUAUUCUCGAGCCUCUACUACAAUCCAGCGGCCAGAGCCUAGGCACACAGAGCACCGGCCUCCCUCUUUAGCGUGGCGUCCAGCGGCCCUGACCCUCCUCACUUUGUGCCUGGUGCUGCUGAUGGGCCUGGCAGCGCUUGGGCUUGUGUUUUUUCAGUACUACCAGCUCUCCAAUAGUCAGCAAGACAGUAUUUCUGAAAAGGAAGAAAGAUUGGGAAAUCUCUCCCGACAGCUGCAAUCUCUCCAAACUCAGAACAGGAAGCUUGCAGAAACUCUGCAGCGUGUGGCUGAAAAACUCUGUCGUGAGCUCUAUAACAAAACUGGAGAGCACAGAUGUAGCCCUUGCCCAGAAAAAUGGAAGUGGCAUGGGGACAAAUGCUACCAGUUCUAUAAAGAGAGCAGGAACUGGCAAGGCUGUGAAUAUGUCUGCAUUGCUGAGCACUCCACCAUGCUGAAGAUAAACACACAAGAAGUGUUGGAGUUUGCCAUGUCUCAGAGCUACACUGAGUUUUUCUACUCGUAUUGGACAGGGCUAUCCCGCAAUGGCAGUGGCAAGGCCUGGCUCUGGUUGGAUGGAACCCCUUACACCUCUGAACUAUUUGAGAUAAUUAUAGAUUUCACCAGCCUAAGAAGCAGGGACUGUGUGACCAUCCUCAAUGGAAAGGCUUUCUCAAAAGACUGCAAAGAGUUAAGGCGGUGUGCCUGUGAAAAAAUGGCGGCCACAGUCAAGCCAGAGAAACUCCAUUAGCUUCUUUGCAUGAUUACAUGAAGGUGAUUGACACUCCAGCUGCAACUACAACUUCGAGUUCCCUUCAGAGAAACUUAAGAUCAGAACAAAAGUUGCACUUGUAAUAGUUUGGUUCCAGUUCCUAUUUUUUUCAAUUUGAUCCAUGUUUAUACAAUUGAACAAAAAGUCUGAGCCAAGUAAUGUCAAAGCAAGGGAUACUGAAACAUUGGGAAACAGAAAAAAAAAAAAA